AUGAAAAAGGACUACGAUUUAAGGAUAUGCACCUGGAAUGUCCGAACCCUUAAUUGGGAAGGUGCCUCUAUCCAACUGGCGGAUGCCCUCGAGAAAUUAAAGGCUGACAUUACCGCCAUCCAGGAAAUGAGAUGGACAGGACAAGGUUGUUCCAAGCGAGCAAACUGUGAUAUUUACUACAGCUGCCAUGCGGAGAGGCGCGAAUUUGGAUGCGGAUUUGUAGUAAGCCGGAGACUUCGCCACCACGUCUCCAAUUUCACCCCAGUGAGUGAACGGCUGGCUACAAUCCGCGUCAAAGCUAGAUUUUUUAAUCUUAGCAUAAUUUGCGCGCACGCCCCGACGGAGGAGAAGGACGAUGCUGCUAAGGAUGCAUUCUACGCGAGACUCGAGGACACAUACGACCGCUGCCCAAACCACGACGUGAAGAUCAUCCUCGGGGACUUCAACGCAAAGGUUGGGCGCGAACGCAUCUUUGACCGCACCGUCGGUCAAUUCAGCCUCCACGAGACCACCUCGAACAACGGUUUCAGGCUGAUUGACUUCGCCGCGGCGCGAAACAUGGUAGUGAGUAGCACCAGAUUUCGGCACCUCGACAUCCACAAGGCCACAUGGCUGUCCCCUGAUCAGAAAACGCGCAACCAGAUUGAUCAUGUUGUGAUAGACGGAAGGCAUGCCUCAAGCGUGAUGGACCCAAGAUACGCAUGCGGCUAUGCCGAGCGAAAAACGUACGUACGCCCCAUCACGCAACGAAAGCUUGACGUCACUAGGCUGCGAUCACAACGGACAGCAACAGCCUACUCCACUCACCUCUCGGAACUGCUCCACCAACCAACCCCUCUUCCUGUUGACGCCGGCGGACUCUGGGCGCACAUAUCCCACUCCAUGCGAGCUGCCGCUGAAACAGCCAUUGGGUUCAAGCGCCCACCCACACGGAACCAAUGGUAUGACGAGGAGUGUCGCGUCGCAGCUGCGGCAAAAAACGCCGCCUACAGAAGAACGCAGUCUGGCGCAACGCGAGCUACGUGUGAACGUUACAGGGAGAAAAGGAAGGAAGAGAGGCGGCUUUUUAGACGGAAAAAACGGGAGAAAGAAAAGCGAGAGUGCGAGGAACUCGAGGUGUUGCAGGACAGAAAUGAUGCUCGAAAAUUUUACCAACAAGUCAACCGUCUGACACAUGGUUUCAAGACCGGAGCAUCUAACUGUCGAGAUGAAAACGGGAAUCUGGUUACAGAUACGCAGUGCACGCUGAGGUUAUGGAGGGCGCAUUUCUCCAAGCUGCUAGCAGGCGAUGACGGCACCAAUCCCGCCAUUGGAGGAAGCAACCCGAUACCACCAAUCGACGACAAUCCGUAUACCAGCACACUGAUCGGACCUUAUCAGUGCGGCUUCAGACCUGGCAAAUCCACCAUAGACCAGAUCUUCACAUUGCGCCAAAUCCUGGAGAAAACCCACGAAAAUGGAAUUGACACACACCAUCUCUUUGUCGAUUACAAAGCUGCAUUCGAUAGUCCGACACGAGAACGCCUAUAUGCCACCAUGUCUGAGUUCGGUAUUCCUGCAAAGCUGAUACGUCUUUGCAGGAUGACAUUGAGCAGCACCAUCAGCUCUGUCAAGCUCCUUGCUUACGCGGAUGAUAUUGACAUCAUUGGCCGCAGCAAGCGUGAUGUCACUGCUGCAUUUUCCGCUAUCGAAAAAGAGUCAGCAAAAGUGGGUUUGGCGGUAAACGAGGGCAAGACGAAGUAUAUGCUGUCGACAAGCAGGGAGGCGCGGCGACUAGACUCCCAGGUGGUAGCAGACAACUAUAUGUUCGAAGUGGUCAAGGAGUUCACAUACCUUGGCACUGCCAUCAACACCAAAAAUGACGUCAGCCUGGAGAUCAAAGCGAAGAAUCACACUUGCCAAUAG